AUGGCAUCCACGCCCGUGCGCGGUGGAGACGGCAGUCCCGAAGGGGAGGCGGCCGCAAAGCGGCGAGCAGCAGCUUGCAGCACAGCCGCAGCAACAGCGGCAGCCAGAGCAGCACAACAGCAGCAGCAGCAGCAGCAGCAACGCAGCAGCAGACAGCAUCAACAGCAGCAGCGCGAGCAGCAGCAAGCAGCAUCAGGAGCCUGCGCUGCCUUUACGGUGUCUCUACAGGUCAGCGCACAGGAGGGCGAGGCGACCAUCGGGAAACUCCAGCUUUAG